CGCGCAUGCAGCGUGGAGCGCAGGCACGGUGCAGGUGAUGGUUGCGACGGUUGCGUUCGGCAUGGGCAUCAACAAGCCCGACGUGCGCUUCGUGGUGCACCACAGCCUCAGCAAGUCGCUGGAGAACUACUACCAGGAGUCUGGACGAGCUGGCCGUGACGGUCUGCCCGCCCGCUGCAUGAUGUUCUACCGCUUCUCAGACGCGCUCCGCCAGGCGGCCAUCGUGUGCUUCGAGCCCACCUGGCAACCCAACCUGACGGCCAUGAUGUCCUACGCGGCGGGCUCGCCGGACGGGGCAGAUGCCGCCUGCCGCCGC